GGUAGACUCCAUCAUAGCCCUGCCAAAAAUCAUUAAUCGUGGCUUUGGAUUAGUGUCCAAUGCCAAUUAUAUAUACAACAUUUCUUGGGUUCUCAAGACACACAAGUCAUUACAUUCCUAAGGUACCAGAAAUCAAAUAUUUCCUUCUUAUAUAAGCCCUUUGACAUUAGUAUACUAUUUGUUGUGUGAAGAAAUCGAGAACGAUGGGUUUCCGCAUAGCAAGUAUUAUUAGACGCGCAUCGUUUUCUACAACAAUAGCAGCCUCCAAGGGCGUUGAAGUACCAAAAGGCUAUCUUGCAGUUUAUGUUGGAGAUAAGAUGAGGCGUUUUGUGAUUCCUGUAUCGUACUUGAACCAACCUUCAUUUCAAGAAUUACUUAGUCAAGCCGAAGAAGAAUUCGGAUAUGAUCAUCCAACUGGCGGUCUCACAAUUCCAUGCCAGGAGGAUGAGUUUCUAAAUGUCACAGCUUGCUUCAAUGAUUUGUAAAUCUUGCUAAUGGGUACGUAGAUUGAUUAGAUGAGGAUACUUGUACAGAAGGCACUUUCUUCUAUAUUGUAAAGAUUUUUCAUUUUGUUAUCUUGUAGAAUUCCAUUUUGAAGUUUAAACCUGUUGCUGAAUGAGGAUGCAACACAAGACAUUGUUUAAACACAUUUUGCCUUUUCUGAAUCUCAAUGAAUUCUUAUAUAUACAACAGUAUAA